UUGGCUGCAAUUUAAUAAACUAUGCUUAUAAACCACCAACCAAUCCCAGUGCCGUCCUGAAAACAGGUAGAAAAUAAAAAUACACCCGCCGCCCCACAGAGGCAGGUAGUCCGACACCUCUGCGGGGUGUGAAGGGUGAAGGAGGGGUAUAAAACUGGUGGGAGUGGGACAGUCCAGCAGCACUUGAGGAGAGUGUGGAUCUGGGGAGAUGGCUCUGUUUGUGGAUCAGGGAUUUGAUUACGGGCAGAAGAUGAGCGAGGAUGGAGAAAUUGAAUUUCUAUUCAGCAAAGACGAGGUUCAGUUCACAGACCCCGUAUGUGAUCGCGGUCUCUCCUCUCCAGAGGCGGACAGGACCGCCCAUCCUGAAGGACAGCGCAAGAGAAAAAGGACCAUCUUCAGCCGCGCGCAGCUGUCCGAACUCGAGCGCGCCUUCGUGCUGACCCCCUACCCGGACAUCACGCUGCGCGAGCGCCUGGCCGCCCUCACCCUGCUGCCCGAGAGCAAGAUCCAGGUGUGGUUUCAGAAUAGACGUGCUCGCAGCAUCAAGAGCGGCAGGCUUACCAGACCAGUGAAGAGAAGCCCAGGUCCAGUAGUGAGCUCCAGCUGUAACCAACCAAUCAGCUUCCAUCAGCUCGGACCUGCUAUUCCACCCACCGCUGUCCCUGGACAGAGGGGCAAGCCCGAAAGAUACCAAGCAUCCAACAGGAACAGCCAGCAGGGCCUGGACUGGGUCAAACAAGCUUUGGGCCCCUGGACUCAGAACCUACCUCGUCCCACACCUCCAGCACCACCCAUCUCUCCUGACCUUCCAGGGGCUCUUCCUUGGGAGUCUGGACCUGCAAACCAGGCAGGAACUCCAUCCAUGUCCACCGGCCACUCAGGGAGACCCGUCCACUCUUCAGGCCAGCAGCAGUGGAGUGAGUUUGGGCAGGUUGGCUCUGGGACUGGUCUGUCUGUGGGGUUUUCUGGACAUGUAGGUAAAGGUCAGUGCAGCAUCAACCCAAGCAGGUACCAGACCGUGUCUGUGGAGCAGAUGGCACCUUCUGGACAAGGUUAUUGGGACGGAGCCAUGCCACGGCAGGGACAGUAUGCUACACUUAUGCACUACCCUCAGACUUCCCUAGGAGACAUCUCUGACCUCAUAUACAGUGCUGCCGUCGUCACCAACCUCACCGACUUCUGACUAGAGGUGGUGGACCAUAAUAUGAACUGAAAAAAAACUGUUUUGUUUCUAGUGCAGGCUAUUUUUUUUCUUCCAAAGGGGAACAUGCUAACCCAUUUUGGUCAACUUGAUG